UAUAAUUUGAAAAUAUAUUCUCUUUACUUCUUACUAUAUAUAUUUUAUAACGUAAUUGAACAUUAUUUUUAUCACUAUAUCGUGUUACAUACUUAUACACAAUACAUUUAAAUGCGUCAUGCUACGACAUAAACGUUUCACGCGUUCGAAAUUUAUGAAUUAAUAAAUUGAUAUCAACAUUAGUAGAUUAAGUAAUUAGAAUUUUUAAUGAAUCUACAGAAAAAUCAUGGAUAUUCAAGGAACGUGCACCACAAAUACAGAUAAUGUCUGCGAAUUGUGUAAUAUACGACCUCGUAAAUAUACUUGUCCACGAUGUGAGAUAAGAUAUUGCAGCUCUGAUUGCUAUAAGUCAGAAGCUCAUUCAGAAUGUUCAGAAAGUUUCUAUAAGCAAUGUGUAAUAGAUGAAAUAAAGUCUCAAGAAAAAGAUACAGAAGGUAGAAAGAAAAUGCUAGAAAUUCUCAAAAGGGUACACGAGGAAGAUUUAAAAAAUAUGGAAGCAUUGGAAAGUGAUGAUGAGAUUGAUAAUGACGAAUUAGAAGAACAGCUAGAUUCGGAUGACGAAGAAGAUAUACCAGAUUUAGAAAGAAGACUUAAUAAUAUAAAUUUAGAUAAUGCAGAUGAAGUAUGGUCUGUGUUAACAGAUGAUGAAAAGCAAGAAUUUGAAGCUCUCGUAAAAAAUGGUGAUAUAGAAAAACUUCUACCUCAAUGGAUUCCAUGGUGGACCUAUCAUAUUAAAAAAAAAUUAGUUCAAGAUAUGGAUCAAAACGAUGAGCAAUCAUUGCAACUCCCUCCUUUAAUAGAUGUUCCAAUAUUUAAUGCAUUGCAAAAAGCUUCCCCAAAUGUUGAAUUUAAUGUGAUAAAUGUAAUCUAUGCAUAUGCAUACAUAGCAAACUAUUAUAAUGGUGACUAUUUAAACUGUCCGAUGGAAGCUACAAUUGUUUUUCUUGAUCUUAGUGAUAAUAUGAAACUCAAUACAGUUUUUGAAAAUCCAGAAUCAGCAAUCACUUCCACUGUUCACAACAUUAUUAAUUGUAACUGGUUACCUCAAGAUGAACAAACUUUAUUAGUUUUCAAGGAAGCUGGGAAUAAAAUAAUACAGGGACCCGACGAGAAGAAUAAAUAUCUUUAUAUUGCUGUUGCACUCUCAGAAAUACAUAGAUUACUAACAAUGACAAUAGAAGAGAUAUCGAAAAAUAAAAAUAAAAUUGGAGAUAAAGAAUUCGUCAAAAAGUUUGUCCAACGAUAUAAUGUAGAUAGUAUAGAUUUAUCGAAGAAACAACUUCUUUUACAUUGCAAAAAGUUGGAAUACUACAUAUCAUGGACUAAAAAUCGCCAUAUAAAUACUUGUACAUAAAAAUAUGGAACAGAUAUAAAUUUAAGGAUUUAUAAUCAGUUAUAAAAUGUUCUUAAAUAAACAUAUAUAUUUUUUCCUAUA